AUGAAAAGUGAAGUAACGCUGGAAGAGAAUAGAGACAACCCUGAGGAUGGACCACUGGGAUUGUUGUCGGAAUGCGUUAAGGAUAAUGCGCAAGUCUUAAUUAACUGCCGAAAUAAUAGAAAACUUUUGGGAAGGGUGAAGGCCUUCGACAGACACUGUAAUUUGCUUUUAACCGAAGUGAGGGAAAUUUGGGUGGAAGUAGUGAAAGAUAAAAAAAUUAACAAGGACAGGUAUAUAAGCAUAUUAUUUCUAAGGGGUGAUUCAGUCAUCCUAAUUUUAAGAAACCCAAAAUAA